AAAGAUAUCCUGGAGGCAUUCAAGUAUCCCGAGAACAUGGUGCGAAUGGAAGAGGCGCGAGAUAAUGCUGGGAAUGACAUGCUGAAAAAUAUGCAGAUCGUCUUCCCAGUGGCUACACAGAUUGAGACAGAUGUUAUCGAAAAGUACGGUUUUCCUAGAGAUGGUGAUGGGAUCAUCCGCUUCACUCAGGCCGUCAAGAUGUAUGAGAAACAGGAUGCAGAUGUGGCCAUGUUAAAUGGUCAGCUGCGAACUAUACUGAUGCCACCACUAGCCAUGCAAACACCGCCCACCGUAAACUCCUCAUAUCCGCAGACCACAGCUUCCUAGUGCUCUCAGAGGCAUUAUUUUUACGGGUUAUUACUAAAUGGACCAAUGAUGAUGUGAACUCUGGGUUUUGUCCGUAUCAUAGUGGUUUGUAGGUUUCUGAAUGCUUCUGCACUGCCAGCAAACACCAUACUGCAGGAUCAGCAUUUGUAUAAAGACUAGGUAUUCACAUUCAAGGUAAGCCACUGUAUGAAGUGUAAACCACUGAGAGCAAGGUUUUCACAGUCUAGGUCAUGAGCUCUGAACUACAUGUAUACUGGUUCCGCUAUCACCCAUGUUAAAAUCGUGGCACGCACAGACCAUGAUAUUCUAACCCUUGUGGGCGAGGAUUUCACAAGAGUUUCUACACAGACCAAUACUGAUGCGAAUUCUGAAUUCUGAAAGUUUUGACAUUAUUGCUUUGUCAGUAUCGUGCCGGUUUAUGUGAUGCUGGAUGCUUCUGCACUGCCAACAAAUUCCAUACAGUUACUCCAGUGUGUGAGUGUUAAAAUAUACGUGAUGUUUUCACAUGAUCGUAAACACAUAUAUGAAAAGGUAGGACCAAACUAUUCUCAUGCAAGGACUUGUUAUAAUAUCGUGCUUAUGUUUUUUAUUCCUUUCUGUUCUGAGGUGUGAGCUAUUUCUAUAACUCAAGGAAGCAUCUGUGUCUGCUUAUGUCAUGAGAACCAUGUUUUGCCUUUCAACCAUACGUGCGUAGGGUACAUGUGACCCAAACAGUUUCGGGUUGCUUUUGCAAGGCUUAUCCCAUGGCCUCGUAAGAAUUCCUUAUUUACAAAUUGAUUUAUAGAAUUACCAAGCACAUCAGAAAAAAAAAUGGCUGACCAUUUAGACCUGCUCUUCUAAAUAUCACAGGCCCGGCUGUAUGUGGGAAGGUCUGGCAGCAACCUGUGGAUGGUUGUGCGUUUCCUCCGGGCUCUGUCUGGUUUCCUGUCACAAAAAUGCUGGCUGCCAUCGAAUAAGUGAAAUAUUCUUGAGUACAGUGUAAAACAUUAAUCAGAUAAAUAAAUAAAUAUCACAGGUAUAUUAUAUGGUGUCAUUUCUCUUAGUGUAGGAAAUGUCACCACUAUGUUAAAACAUUGUCAGUCAAGUGAAAAAUAAGCACUCAUUUCAACUAAAAAACAUGGUCGCUGUUUGAAAUACACAAGUGGUUCCUGACAUAUUUCUUUUUUUAAUCCUAAUACUGAUCAGCUUCUCCAAGCUUAAAUUGGAUGAAUUGGACCUAUGUAUUAAAUUUUUAAUUCUAUGAAUCUCUAUGAAUUAAGUUUGCAGAGCUACAUUAUAUUUGUAGAGUUUCUGUUCUAUAAAGUACAGUACAGUACAAGUUUUCCAGUGACCACCCUCGCUUCACCUUGAGCAGAUUAUUAUCAGGUUUGUGGAUUGUUUAAAGGUGAGCCUCAGUUUGGUUACCAUGAUUACAGCGAUGAGGGAAAUAAAUUAUUGGGGGAAAUCUUUGCAACAGCUUUGUCUCACAAACACAGAACACACAGAAGUUUUGUAUGCCUGAAAAGGGGAGAUAAUCGGCCUCAAGAAUUAAGUCCCUUUAGUCUCCAUAUGCUAGGAUUAUGUUAUCUUAGAAAAGCUAUUAUAUUAAGAACCUAUUAAUUAUAUCCAAAUCCUAAUGUCCCUUCACUUGUUAUGCAUGUACUAAAUACAUAUUAACUAAUACAUACCUAAGCUUAGCUUAAGCUUGAAAUUAAUGUGUAUUCAUUUUUAAGUUAUUCUCUCUUUUCAUGAGGGAAAUUUUCCUCUCCAGUGGUACGUGCAUGUGGAUUGAUCUGUCAGCGACCUGCAGAGAUGGUCAUGGCUUUCCACAAGCCUGGUUUCCUCCCACCAUAAUGCUGGCCACUGCCGUAUAAGUGAAAUAUUCCUGAAUAUGCUAUAAAACGCCAAUGAAAUAAAUAAAGAAAUUAAGGGAGAAAUAUUGCCAUAUAAGAUAAUCAAUGUUUUAUGCAGUGUAGUUGUCCUGUACAUGUUAUGAUGUAUGAGUAUGAUGUAUGCAUAUCUCUAUUGAUGUCCAUAUUGUGAUUUUUGUGUUUUUUAUUGAUUUUGUGAAUUUAGUGUAUGGUUUCAUUGGCUGCUGGCUCUCAUGUGAGGCAACUUUAGGUAUAUACAUGUAUACUUGUACUUGUUGUGAGGAAGCUUUAUAACCGAAACAGUCAACUUUUUUGUCUUUUGAAAAAAAUUUAAUUUAUAGAAUUACUUUGGUUCAUCCAUUGUAUUGUUUUGUAAAUGUAAAUUUUACGUAGCUUUCAUACAGUGUUGUGAAGUUAUGACUGGAUCAUUCAGUAUUCCCAUUAUUAAUAAAUCAAAUACA